AUGGCCGCGUCGGAGGACGGGAGCGGCUGCCUUGUGUCGCGGGGCCGCUCGCAGAGUGACCCCAGUGUCCUCACCGACUCUUCGGCCACCUCCUCCGCGGACGCCGGGGAGAAUCCAGGUGAGAUGGACCCCACGCCCCCGGCGCGCUCAGAGUAUCUGGUCUCAGGGAUGCGGACGCCCCCCGUGAGGAGGAGACUGGCCACCCUGGGCAGGGUCUUCAAACCCUGGAAAUGGAGGAAAAAGAAAAGCGAAAAGCUGAAGCAGACGACGACGGCCUUGGAGAAGAAGAUGGCCGGCCGGCAGGGUCGGGAGGAGCUCAUCAGGAAGGGGCUGAUGGAGAUGGUGGAGCAGGAUGCCGAGAGCAGAGGGGGCAUCCCCGACGGAGGCCGCGCCACGCAGAGCGAGCCGGCCACGCCGAAGCAGGAGAACCCGACUCCAGAAGGUGUCCAGCUGGGCAGCCCCUCGGCCACUGGGCCAGACCAGGCUGCCCUGGAUGAGCCGCUGUCCUCAGACGUCCGUUCGGAGGAUGCAGCCAGGACGCCCUCAGCCAGCAGACGUGGGGAAGCAGGUGGCAGCCUCCCGCCGGCCACCGACGAGCCCCCUCAAGCCUUAGCCGGGCCUCACUCCCUGGACAGUCCUCCCAGGACCCUGGAGAGAUCCGCGGGCCAGCUCCCCAGCCCCCCGCUGCCGCCCACCCCGCUGCCCAAGGCAGGCAGCAAGGCCACAAAGAAUGUCACAGGCCAGCCUGCGCUCUUCCAAGACUCCAGCGGGAAGAACACGGACCCGCCCCUCCGAGGACAGCUUUCCACGCCCACGGGGUCCCCGCACCCCACCGUCCACCGGCCGCUGCCCCCCAGCCGUGUCAUCGAGGAGCUGCACAGGGCGCUGGCCACCAAGCAUCGCCAGGACAGCUUCCAAGGGAGGGACUGCAGAGGGUCCCCGAAGAAGCGGGUGGACAUGCGCCUGUCGAGAACGUCCAGCGUGGAGCGGGCCGAGGAGCGGGAGGGGGCCUGGAGCUUCGACGGCCCCUCGGAAGGCAGGCGGGCGGCGGCCAGGGAGUCGGAGGAGAACAAGGAGAACUUGCUCCUGGGCCCCGAGCCCGAGGACGACCUGCUCCUGCACCAGGACGAAGAGGAGCUGAGCGCCUCCAUCCUCUCCGGGACACUGCCCAGGAAAUGCAGGAAGGAGCUGCUGGCGGUGAGGCUAAGGAACCGGCCCAGCAAGCAGGAGCUGGAGGACCGGAACAUCUUCCCCCGCAGGACGGACGAAGAGCGCCAGGAGACACGGCAGCAGAUAGAGAUGAAGCUCUCCAAACGGCUGAGCCAGAGACCUGCCGUGGAGGAGCUGGAGAGGAGGAACAUCUUGAAGCAAAGGAACGACCAGACGGAGCAGGAGGAAAGGAGAGAAAUCAAGCAGAGACUGACCAGAAAGCUCAAUCAGAGGCCCACCGUUGACGAACUGAGAGACAGGAAAAUUCUGAUCCGGUUCAGUGAUUACGUGGAGGUGGCCAAAGCCCAGGACUAUGACCGCCGGGCGGACAAGCCCUGGACGAGGCUGUCGGCAGCCGACAAGGCAGCGAUCCGCAAAGAGCUCAACGAGUACAAGAGCACCGAGAUGGAGGUGCACGCGUCCAGCAAGCAUCUGACCAGGUCAGGCUUCCGUCCGGGAUCUCGAGGCCCUCCCCGCGCGCUCUGGAGCUAA